GCAGCGCGCGGACCGACGCGGCCUUUGUGCCGGCGCGGGGCUCCACCGAGGAGCCGCGGCAGCAUGAGCGGCUCAGGCGCUGCGGGGGCGUCGGGCAGCCCCGCGCCGCCCGCGCAGGAGGAGGGCAUGACGUGGUGGUACCGUUGGCUGUGUCGCCUGUCGGGCGUGCUGGGGGCUAUCUCUUGCGCCAUCUCUGGACUCUUCAGCUGCAUCACCAUCUACCCUCUGAAAAUUGCGGCUGGCGUGUGGAUGAUCAUGAACGCCUUUGUGCUGUUGCUGUGCGAGGCACCCUUCUGCUGCCAGUUCGUGGAGUUUGCAAACACAGUGGCUGAGAAGGUGGACCGGCUGCGCUCCUGGCAGAAGGCUCUCUUCUACUGCGGGAUGGCCGUCGUCCCCAUCAUCAUGAGCCUGAGCCUGACCACACUGCUGGGCAACGCCAUCGCCUUUGCCACCGGGGUGCUGUAUGGACUCUCUGCCUUGGGCAAAAAGGGCGAUGCCAUCUCCUAUGCCCGGAUCCAGCAGCAGAGGCAGCAGGCAGAUGAGGAGAAGCUGGCAGAGACCCUGGAGGGGGAGCUGUGACGAGUCCAGGGGAGCCUCCCUCCCUGCCCGCAGCAGGUCCGUGAGCCUCUCUGCAGGAGGCAGAGCACCAGCCCUGUGGGACGGCCUGGGAGAGGACCCCACAUGUGCCCCCUGUUCUCUGAGCCUGGAACCCCCAACUCACUGGUGCUCAGGGCCCAUCACAGUGCAGUGUGGGUGGCCACCGGUCCACUCCUGCCAGGCUGGCUUAGUGGAGUGAGUCGCUGGUGGAUCUGCAGGCCCCACAUAAUAGGGUCCACCCCAGGCCUAGGAGCAGCUUCCCCUGGAUACGCUGGCCUGGCUGGGAGUGGGGGGUACGUCACCUGGGCUCUUGACUCCCCAGCCAGGUCCCUCAGGCCCAAGCCUUGAAGCAUAGGCAGUGUCCCCCAACUUUCCUGACAGGUGGAGUUCAAACCUGCUCCAUCUCCCUGUUCUCAGGGCAGAGGUUGGGCAGAACUGUGUCCGUAGGCCAACUGCUACUGCCCAGGGACAUGGCCAUUCUUCUGGAAAGUGCCCCCAAGACAUACCCUGCCCACACAGCAGGCCUGGCAGUGGCUGGCUGCUCAGGUGGACUCCCUCCCCUUUCCCUGGCAUGUUGGACAGACCACUCCAGGACACCUAGCUGCUCUGCCUUUCACCCCCACCUCAGGCCUUGGUGCUAAGGGAGUUGGGUGAGGCCCCGUCCCACCCACUCCUCUGCUGUGGUCCUGCUGGUGCUGGCAGCAGGGACUGAGCUUGCUCCAUCUCAGGUAUGCCUGCCAGCCUGCCUAUGGGACUUCCUGCCUUUGGAGAGCCAGGCAGGAGCCAGAGCCAUCUCCUGACAGCUGUGCCCUGCCCAGGCCAGGCCACCCGGAGCAAGCCUGCAUGAAGAGCAGGGGAAGCGGUGGCUCCUCCUUCCGGCACUGCCGUCUCUUCCUCCUGCCCGAGGCCCUGGGCCUCGUCCAUCAUCAGUUUGGUUCUUGGCCGCUAGGCAUGUGUCUGAUGAGGCCUGGCCAUGCCCAGGCAGGCCUGGGCAGUAGGCUGCUGUGGAACACGCUGCUUCUGUGCCCAGCUCCCUGUCCCCCUCCCUCCGCAGACACCCAGGUGGACCUGUGGUGGGCCCCCAGAACUCAGGGACUGGCUCUUGUUACCAGUUAAGUAGCCCCAGGGCCGAGCCUGCAGGCCUGCAGCAUGUGGGGCUAGGAGCAGGGCCUCUGCCCAGCAAUGCGACCAGGACAGGUCAGUGGGCUCUGGAGUCGGCAGCGGCCCUCCAGGGAUCCUGGCCAGGUUCAGUCCCAGGUUGGCAGGUCAUUGCAGUGUGGCUCGCUUGGUGGGACAUGAGCCUUCAGGAUUCCUCUAGAGCCACUGUCCUCAGGCCAGUGCUGGGCUCAAAGGGCUGUGCUUGUGUGUGCAGUGAAUGACACCUGUCUACCUCCAGGAGGAGCAGCCUGCCUCCUCCUCUCACUCGGAGCUGGGGCUCGGAGGGGCUGGCUGUGCUGUCUAGGAAGGUGGCACCCACCCUGAGGGAAAUCCAUUGCUGGGCAGGGCACAGGGUGGGUCAGAGGCAGGAGGGCCUUGGUCACAGGCCAGAGUGGGGUGUGACUUGCAGGAGAUCCCCCGCUGGCCUGCAGUCAUUUUGGAGGCGUCCCUUGGGGGUGGGGUACCCUCAGGCCCUGGGCUCCAGCCCCGCGGCUCCUCUGUGCCCACCCCUGGUGUGCUCUCCCAUGUGGCUGCAUUUUGAACAGUAAAGCAGGGCUGCAGUUCCCACUCGCUCUCUGCUGUCACCUUCUGUCUCUGGCGCCUGCCAGUGGUAGGGACACCCUGGGCCAUGACAGCCUGAGCCUGCUCAGAGGGGGAAAGGGGCUGCAAGUCACCCACCAGGAAGAGCCAGGCCCCAGGGUGGACCCACCAUGCUGCCCCUCCUGCUCCUCUGCUGCACUGUGCUCACGUCCAGAGUCGCCGUAGAUUUAGGGCCCCACCAGGGCAGGAGGCGCUGGGGCCCUGGCCGGGAAUCUGGUCUGGCUAAAGGCCCACUCCUUCCUCCAGAGGGCUGCAGAUCUGACUCAUUUAUUUUUGUAAAUAGUAAACACACUUUGCAGACAGUUGCCCCUGUCCCCGAGGUUGAGCUGUAUGGGUCCUGUGCCCUGGCCUCUGGAAGUAGGACAUGUUCCCCGUGAAGUCCACAAGACCCUCCUGUCCACUCCAAGACGCCUGAUGGAGGCUGAGCAAUGAUGUCCCUGUGCUGAGCCACUGCCACCUCCAGUACUGUUCUGUCUUCCACACGGCCUUGCACGAGCCAGCGACCAGCCUGAGGGCCCGCAGGCCUGCACCGCCUCCCCGUGGCUGCCUGAGCUGGAGCACGCCGUCUGUCCCAUCAGAAGCAGGUCCUGGUUGACCCUGUGCUCCAGCCCAUGUGAGGGAUGGCCCCCGCCUCCUGGCCACAGGGCAUGAGUUUGUGACCACCGUGGAGGCCUGGCCACGGUGGUUCGGCCCCUGGUGGGUAGAUCCCUGGCCUAGUGCAGGAAGGCCCUCCUCCUGCUGCCGAAGAAGGACUCGAUCUGCUCCAGCGAGCGGCCCUUGGUCUCAGGCACACAGCAGCCAGUGAACACCAGGCUCACCAGACAGAUGGCGGCGAAGAAGAAGAAGGGCACCUGGAGGCCAAAGGCUCUCUGUGGGGUGGAGAAGAAGGCGGGUCACACAGGAGGCACCGGGGGCUCCCUGCUGCUUCCAGUCUGCCCUGGACUCUCCCUGGGGCUGGCUCCAGGUGUCCUUGAAGGCUCUGCUCUGCACUGUGUGGCAGCAGUGUGUGCCCCGCCCUGCAUCAGUGGACCAGGUGGGGACCUGACCCAGGCUGCCCCACUCAGCUCUCCUCAUGGGACUUUGGAACGGGGCUGAUUCUGGUGCCGCCGUGGGCAGGUGCAGCUCCCUGGAGGGCAAGGUGGAGUGUGGAUGUGGCUCUCUGGGCUGCUGGCAGAACUCCAGACUGUGUCCUAGCCUGGAGGUGAUCUGACUUCUCAGGACAGUUCCCCAACUCAUUCCUGUGUCUUAUGACAAAGGGGCCUUGGCUGUGCUGCACCCCAACCGGUAAGGGGGGCACCAGCUUGUCUCCCAGGAUCACAAUGAGGGUCGGGUCACUUCACAGUGCAGGGCACCAUGCAGGGCCCCUGCUUAGCAGGAGAGGGCCUCAGGGCCCUGGGACAAGCACUUACCACCACGAGUAGGAAGGACUUGGUGAGGACGAAGGCGGUGAGCCAGCUGACCAGCACACAGAGCCCUGAGGCCACGCCACGGGCACGCAGGGGCAGGAUCUCAGACAUGAGGAGCCAGGUGAUGGGCCCCCAGCCCAUGGCGUAGCCUACCAGGAGAGGGGGAGCGGGGUGGGGACCCGUCUGUCUCCGUCUUUCCAGCCUCCCCCCUCUGCAGACACACCAGGGUAGCGGUAGGGCCCCUACCUCACACCCGAGAGCCCCUCACUCAGGCCAUGGCCCCACCCCAGGGCACCCCAGACCUACCCAUGAUGAAGAACAUGGUGGCCAGGAGGGGCACCAGAGUGAGGUAGCUGGUGGGUGUGGCUGGGGGCUGCUCUGUGCCUGCCAAGGACAGGGUCUCGAGGCCCACAGUGCUGUUGGGGGUCAGAGGCCUUGGACCAAAGUGGACAUACAGCCCCAGCGUCAGGUUGGCAGCAAACAUGAUGGUUGCUGUGGACACAGGUGGCCCUCGGGGGCCAGGACCCUCUGAGCCACGGCUCUCCCGGAGGCACCCUAAGCCGGGCAGCACGGCUGGCCUGGGACAGAUCUCCCGCAGGGCAGCGUGCUCCCGCCAGCCCUGGUCUGGGCUCCCCACACCCAUGGUGUGUUGCAGUUGGUGCGUCCGCUCACACCAGCUGCAGCAGGUGUUCUGGAGCAGUGGGCCCGUGCCAGGUGCUGGGGAGGCCUGGUGGCUGCACCCUAGCCUAGGCACAGGCAGCAGUGGCUGGAGACACCAGUGGGCAGUGAACUCAGGGGAGCCUUACCUGACACGAAGAGCAAAACUUUGCGGCCAGCCAGGUCCAUGGCGAAGGCAGCGAUCAGCACGGACAGGAGCCUCACAGCUCCCACGAUGGCGGCAUCAUCCUUGGGGGGCUGUGGGGAGGGGACCCUGGGGCUGAGAGGCCUGGCCUGCUGCUUCUGUCCCUGUCUCCUAAGGCCCUGCAGGGUGCUCAGACCCAAAGCUAGUCACAGCUGCACUGGAGCUGUGUGCCAAGCACUUCUCUGCACACCACCCUGGGGCCCAGCAGGACACAUCUGCCGUGCCCACCACUGAGCCGGCUGCCCUGUGGAACCUGCUGUUCUCAAGUCCUCUGCUGCAUCUGGACAGGGGCCUUGGCAGCCUUGCUGCCAUCUCCCUCCCACGGGGCGUGGCUGGUGUCCCAGGGGAAGUGGCACCACUUGCUAAGGAGCCAGUUGGGCUGAACAGAGUCCGGUUCCAAGGGGGCUGUACUUCCAUUAAAUGUUUCCUCUGUCAUCCUGUAUAAUUUACUUAUAAAGUUGUUUAA